GAGCAGCUGAAGCAUGAUUACACUGAAGAAGAAAAAGUAUGCAGACUCUACUGCAUGUGAUCCCUCCCAUGGGAGACAGUCGUUCAUUAACUUCUCCAAUGUGGGUCCUUCCCACAGGCUGCAGUUCUUCAUGAACUGUUCCAGAGUGGAUCCCUUCCACAGGGUGGAGUCCUUCAGGAAAAGACUUCUCCAACAUGGGUCCCCCACAGGGUCACAGAUCUUGCCAGCAAACGUGAUUCAGCAUGGACUCCUCUCUCCAUGGGGCCACAGACUCUGCUGGGAGCCUGCUCCAGCAGGCGAUCUCCAUGGGGACACAGCCUCCUUCAAGUGUAUCUACCUGCUCCGGUGUGGGGUCCUCCACAGGCUGCAGGUGGAUUUCUGCUCCGCCACUAACCUCCAAGAUCUGCAGGGGGACAGCCUGCCUCACCAUGCUCUUCACCACAUGCUGCAGGGGAAUCUCUGCUCUGGCACCUGGAGCACCUCCCCCUGCUCCUUCUUCACUGACUUUGAUGUCUGCAGAGUUGUUUCUCUCACAUACUCUCACUCCUCUCUUUCAAGCUGCUUUUCCACAGCAGUUCUUUUUCUCUUUCUUAAAUAUGUUAUCCCAGAGGUGCUAGCAACGUCACUGAUAGGCUCGGCCUUGGCCAGUGGAGGGUCCAUCUUGAAGCUGGCUAGCUUUGGUUCUGUCAGACAUGGGGGAGCUUCUAGCAGCUUCUCACAGAAGCCACCCCUGUAGCCCCUCCACUACCAAAACCUUGCCACGUAAACCCAAUACAACCCGCUCCACUGAAUCCACUGUGUUAUAGAUCCCUCUUGUGCUCCCCUUUAAAUAAUUUCUUUUCAAAGCUGGAAAAACCCAGUCUGACCAAAAUCUUCUCACAUGAAAGCCUGUUUAUCCUUUUUCUCUUCUGAAUUUGGUUUUUUUCAGUUUUGUAUCUGUGUGUAUGCAUACAGACACAUACUCAUGAAGACAUCACAGCACAAACUGUUCAGCUAUGUACGUGGGAAUGUUUCCUUCCAUAGUAGAAAAGCGGAGCACCAGCUGCAGCAUACAUGACUAUUUUCAUUAAUAUCCCAUAUUUUAAUUUAUAUCUCUGUAGAAGAGAAAACAAGAUGAGAAAUUAGAUUCUGUGUCUUUAGGUGAUCAGAGAAGAGUUGGAAAAAACACUCUAACACUAGCUACUUUAAUGUACAGUGUUUUUAGCAUAAGAAAUAUAGUGCUUUUCUUUGGUAAGGCUAAUUCUUGCAUUAGAAUUAAGAAAAUGCUGCACAACAUGGAGGAAAGUAAGUCUAAACAAGCUUAGAACAAGCAAACAAAGAAAACAAUAUAUGUUUGGGGUUUUUUUUGUUUUUUGGGGUUUUUUUGGUUUUUUUUUAGU